GCUCCCCUCACUUUUGUUCAGGUUCGAACCGUCCAUCCCUUGGUCGAGCCCGGCGCGCGUGUACAGUCCGGCGAGCAAGAAUCGCCUCACGUGAACGCAGUGCGGUUGCAUACCGAGCUCUUGUAAAGACGCCCAGCCAAUACUCCUCCUCCUUCGGUAUCGACUCCUACCAAGAACGGUGCCGUGAGUCGUCGCUAUGGCGUCGAAUUGGACGCGUCGGUUGCUGCUGCUCGCAGCUGUGGUCACUCUGGGAACAACGCCCACCGCCGCCUCUAUUGAAUACCUCGUGACUGCGCCGGGAUACUUGACACCGAAUGCUGAUGUCAAGCUCACAGCCCUUGUGCGAAAUCCUGCUUCAGCCGGCGAACUGGUGGUGGAACUGUGGGGCACUCGUUCGGGACUCAACCAGAACAGCACGAUCUUGGCCACCCAAACCUAUGCCGUCGAUCAAAGCGGCACUGGCUCCGAACUCCUGUUCCACGUUCCCGACUUGAAUCCAAGCGAUUACUACAACAUGUACCUGGAUGUUACUGGGAAGUUUGGAAGUGACCAGUUUCACAACAGGUCCUCUGUUCAGCUUGAGUAUGUCAACAACAUUAACGUAAUUGUUCAGACCGACAAGCCCUUGUAUCGACAAGGAAGUACAGUCAACUACCGUGUACUACUACUUGACAACAACCUCCUGCCUGUCACUGACCAACUGGCAAACAUUACUAUCACGAACCCGUACGGUCAGCUUCUGCAUCAACAGCAGUUUGUGAACUUCACCGAUGGUCUCCUGCAAGGUUCCUACAAUCUCCUCGCGAUUACCGACGAAGGGUCGUGGACCAUUGCAGUAUCGGUGGGCACCAACUCUGGAUCCACAUCGUUUAAUGUCCGGGACUACGUGCUGCCCAAGUUUUCAGUCACCAUCACACCUGACGCUAAUGACGUUGUUACGAAUCCCACGGUCCUUUAUACUAUCUGCGCAAAGUACACCUACGGCGAAAAUGUGAAAGGAACUGUGCAAGUAUACACGUCCCCGUUCAACUACUACUACCCAUUCCGCCAGAAGCCAGUAAUUCUUCGUGUAGCAGAGAUCAACGGUUGUUACGACUAUGCAUUCAACGUGUCGCUGCUGAACACCGUGAACUACACGUACCCGACAUACCCAUCAAUAAACGUUACCGCCAAAGUCAUCGAAGAUGGCACAGGUGUCUCUCAAUCUGCCACCGAGCUGCACAGCCGAGGUACCACACGGCUUAGACUGAACUUUGGACAAAAGUACGACACCAAUGCCCAGUACACUAGUAACGACAACACGUUCAAACUCAAUCUCCUCAACAAGAGAAAGCUUUAUGUGCAAGAGCUUGACGGAACUCCACGCCCCAAGGAGCUUAUUCAAGUGUGCAUGUUUGUGGAGCGCAACAAAUUCAAGUGGCGCUCAUGGGAGACUGACAACGUGCUCGCUUGCCGAAACUACACAUCGGACGAUGAGGGGCUUGUCCAGUUCAGCAUGCCACCUCUCAGCCAAAGGGUCACAGGUGUCAUUCUUCAGGCAAUUGCUGUCAAUUUCCCACGCAUCGUAAUCAAGAAUGGCCCCACCCUCGAGAAGCCCACGGCGCAGCAAAACCUGGUUCCUUUCUACUCGCCCACUGCGAGCUCCAUUAGGAUUGACCGCGGUGAUGGUAGCGUGUACACAUGUCAGGCCAGCUUCGUGCGCGACAUCGUUAUGACUGCCGACGCCAACGUUGACUACCAGCUCUUCCUAACGCUGAAUUCGGCCGGACGCAUUCUGGAAACUCGCAACUUCACCAAGCGCUUUACUGAAGCCGACCUCACUAUGGAUCAAUCGGACAAUAACUUGAUCAGGAACAGUGACGCUCCUUCUGGUAGCUCUAGUCCAGAGAUUACUGAACCAGGAACCACACGCUCAGUGGGCAGCUUCCAAUUCCAAUCCACACUGCCUCCAGACGCGAGCCCCAAGGUUCAACUGCUUGUGUACUACGUGCACAGGGACGCCAAUGGCAAACCUGUGGAAGUCGUUUCUGACUCGGCGGAGUUCAGCGUCCAGAAGUGCCUGGAGAACAACGUGUCACUGGCAUUUGACGCAAAGAAGGCUCUUCCUGGUUCAAACGUGUCCCUCUCGCUUGCCGCCGCCGGUGACUCUCUCUGUGGAGUCGGAGCCGUCGACAGCAGCGUCACGCUUCUCGACGGAUACAACCAGCGCAAUUCUCGGGAUGCUCUUCUGAACCAAAUCAGCUACCUGAACUACAGGUAUAGCCGCACGUCUCUCGUCAACCAGAGCUACUGCUACGUAGACGGCUACCUCUACAACGAACCAUAUGAGACAUCGGCCGACACUCAAGUCAAAGUGAACCAGAGGCGGAGGAGACAGGCUGUGUCUCCCUCGGUGUCUUUCAGCUACGACUCGCUGAGCUCUUUCGAGAACUCUGGUCUUGUCAUCUUCACCAACUUGCCCGUCCAAACAAGACCUUGCCCUAAUCGAGCUUUCCCUGGCUACCCAAACAAUCAAGUACUUGGAACAAGUAAUCGUUUCUACCCUACCUUCGGAGCUGUGAACAAAGUAGCAUUCCGUCCGAGCUCCAGCGCGGCUGGGUUCUCAGCAGCAGCAUCGCCUCUAGCUGAAUCUGCAGCACAAGACUUCACCGGAGGCGCCGCCCAAGGCACCAACUCGGUCAGGACCCUUUUCCCUGAAACUUGGCUCUGGCAGAUCAAGAGGGUCAGUCCCACAGGUUCUCUGCUUUACGAAGAGGCCAUUCCGGACACCAUCACCACGUGGCAGGGUACUGCAGUGUGCCUACAUCCGAAGAACGGCCUGGGCAUCUCCCAGGUCGCCAAUGUCACCGGGUUCCAGCCGCUCUUCGCCUCACUCACGUUACCUGCCUAUAUGCAGCGCAAUGAAGUAGCCACCGUCAUACUGACCGCAUUCAACUACGGUGACGAAUGUGUUGCGGUGCGGGUCAGUCUGAAGUCCCUGGAAAACUUGGAUAUUGUGGGCAGCCCCAAAAGUACCGACGCUCUACUGUGCCCCAACUCUACGAACUCUGCAUCAUUUCCAUUCGACGUGCGUGCCACCACCCUUGAGGUUUCCAGACUUGAAGCCCGCGUCCAGACGAGGCCAGAGGCUCAGUCAGAGUACCAGGAUGUGAAGUUGUCCAACGUGAACUCAAGUGACACUGUCAUUCAGACCAUCGACGUCAGGCCUGAAGGGUUCCCUAUCAGGAAGAUCGACACAUACCUCCUCUGCGCAUCAGGUGAUCCGAACACUGCUCCGGACAGCUUGCAAGUUACCCUUCCGACACCAGAAGCGCUCGUUGAAGGUUCUCAGCAGGUUGUAUUGGUUGGGACGGGUGACAUCCUCGCACUCAGUCUCAACGACCUGUCUGUCCCCACCAUCACCUACUCGAACGCCGAGGGAACUCUGGCCGUGCUAGCUUCGAGUGUCUAUCUUCUAAAGUACCUAGAACAGACCGGCACUUUGACCGAUACUGUCAGCUCUGGCCUCAGAUCUCGCAUCCAGCAAGCUUCCCAGGCUCAGUACAGCUUCCGUUCCUCCGAUGGUUCGUACGCGUCGUUCGGAUCGAGUGAGUUCCCAAGGAGCGUCUUCCUUACGGCCUUCGCCGUUAAGGCCCUGAGCGCUGCCAAGGAAUAUCUCGGACCCAACGUUGAAUCGGACAUCGACGCCAGCGUGCGUUACGUGACGCAGCACUGGAACCCUGCUACUGGCUGCUUCGUCGAGAACGAUCCCGCAUUUUCGCCGUACGGACCGCGCACAGCCCCUGACUUAAGCACAGCGGUUGGCGUCAUGCUCGCGGAAAGUGGCAUCUUUUACGAUAACAUCACAGCAGGAGUUCUACAAUGUCACGAUGCCAACAACCUGCCAUCUAACCACUCCACGGCUCUGAACGCUUACUUCUCGGCGCUUGUCGGUAAUGGUGACAGAGCUAACAAGGCCCUGGACACUCUGCUUAGUGAAUCCGACAAAACCAGUGGCCUGACAUCUUGGAGCGGAGACGGUCUGUCGUAUGGCUCUGCAGACACCGCGGGUUACGCAGUGUUGACAGUUAAGCUGCUCAACCGAAACCUGGGAGAGGCCCUCCCUAUCGUUCGCUGGCUCAUGCAGCAGACGUACGCGAGAUAUACGUUCUCCUACUCAGAGGUUUACGCUGUCGCCAUCCAAGCACUCGCCCAGUAUUCCAGCGUGGCAUUCUCGAAGAACACCGACCUGACUCUGAACGUUGCUGUUCAGAGUUCAUCACCCGACAAGCUUGCUUUCCAGAUCAACGAACAGAACAAACGGCUUUACCAGGAGAGUCUCUUGAACAAAAGCGAGUCAUACAGUUUUGAAGCAUCUCUUGCUCCGAACAGCGUCGGCUGCGCAGCACUGCAGGUUAAGUACUACUACAACUCCAGGAAUAGUCCUGUUCAGAGAGGCAUCCAGGUCAAUGCUUCCGCGUCGUCAGGACCCGACUGCAGCACACUUCAGCUGGAAAUUUGCACACGGUACACUGAAGGUUUCCUGCGCAGUUCCGCAAUUGUGCAAGUAAACCUACUUUCUGGCUAUACUGCCGAUGACCAAUCUCUGAAAAACCUCGUCAGCAGCGGCGUCGUCAAGCGCUAUGUCGUGAACGACAACAAAGUCCAGCUUAUUCUUCAAACGCUGACCAUUCAGCCAACGUGCUUCAGCCUGACGGAGAACCGGUAUCUGCAAGUUUCCAACCUUCAGAAUUCCGUCGUCGAGGUAUACGACUACUACCAGUAUCAGUACAAGGCAACGGCUGGGUAUGGACUGGAGGGCAACUGUACGCCUGCUGAAGUCGCCCCACCCACAAGUCUCAAUGAAGUGGACAGCGUUAUAUACGUCUAACUCUUCAUUCCUGUCUUCAUGCAUCAGCACUUCUCUACAUCUAGACAAACGAUCUCAAGUGCCUCCGAGUCAUCUGUCUUGUGAUACUUUGUGUUGGUGUGUUUUUAUCGAACUCUUCUAUCAUUCGCAAUUAAACAUACACUGUCAAGUCA